AUGUUUUUAAUUAAUCAAUUUUUAGCGUUGUGUGAAACUGCUGAAGAAACUUUUGUCUGCCCUGAAGUCGGUGGAAACGGAAAUUAUGCUGAUCCAGCCACAUGUCGUCGAUUUUAUCAGUGUGUAGAUAAUUUUCCAUAUUUAAAUCGUUGCCCAGCGGGCUUAUACUUUGAUGAUGUUAACAAGUUAUGUACGUUUAAAAAUGAGGCCCGGUGUGGACCUCUUCCUACAACUGAAGCUCCAAGUACAGAGAAUCCUAUCGAUUUAGCUCAAAAAUGUGACACGAGUCAGUGUACAUUACCUUAUUGUUUUUGCUCUAGAGAUGGAACCAUCAUACCCGGUGGUUUGGAUCCAAAAGAGACACCUCAAAUGAUACUGUUGACAUUUGACGGAGCAUUAAAUCAAAAUAAUUAUCAAAAUCACUAUCAAAAAGUAUUUUCCCAGAAUAAGAAAAAUCCUAAUGGAUGUCUCAUUAAAGGUACAUUCUUUAUAUCCCAUGAAUACUGUGACUAUAACAUGGUACAAGAAGUCGCACAUAGAGGCCAUGAGAUUGCUGUUGAAACUGUGUCAUUACAAAAAGGCCUACAUGAUAAGGGAUAUGAAGAGUGGGUUGCUGAAAUGAUUGGAAUGAGAGAGAUUUUAGUGAACUUUGCAAAUUUAACCAAAAGCGAUAUAGUUGGCAUGAGAGCACCAUUCCUGAAGCCUGGUAGAAACACACAAUACGAGGUAAUUGAAGACUACGGGUUUGUAUAUGAUAGUUCAAUCGGUAUACCUCCGUCAAGGGUACCAAUAUGGCCAUACUCUUUAGAUUAUAAGAUUCCACACGAAUGUAAAUCUGGAACUUGCCCAACCAAAUCAUUUAAAGGUACAUGGGAAGUUCCUUUGAAUGCUCAUUACGUGGCGACUUACGAAGGCGGUCACUGCCCGUACUUAGAUCAAUGUGUGUUGCAUAGUCAUGAUGCUAAUGAAGUAUUCGAAUGGCUUCGUGAAGAUUUUGACCGGUAUUAUUCGCAAAAUCGAGCGCCUUAUAUGAUGCCUUUCCACACCAACUGGUUCCAAAUUAAAGAACUUGAAGAUGGACUCCACAAGUUCAUUGACUGGGCAAAUAAACAGCCAGACGUAUGGUUUGUCACAACUACACAAGCAUUAACUUGGAUGACUGACCCAAAGACCACCAAAGAUUUGGCUGGAUUUGAACCGUGGAUGUGUGAUAAACCCGAUCAAUUACCUUCRCCACCAUGUAAUUUACCGAACAAAUGUCCAUUAUCCUUUAAGCAUCCGGAAACCAAUGUAUCCGGAACGAGAUAUUUGUCAACAUGUAAAGAGUGUCCGAAGAAAUAUCCAUGGCUGGGAGAUUCAAAAGGAACUGGUGUUGCUGGAGCCGAUGUGUAUUCUCCAGACAACUUAAAAUAG